GCAGAGAAACGUAAGGGAUUUAUUUAUUUUAUCUUAUUGAUUAGACAUAUUCAAACAGAGCAUUUAUGCAACAGCUGUACAGCCAAGUGGAAAAGUAGCCACGACCGAUAAGCUUUUCGAACACGAAGGCGACACAUGUGUGAUAAGCCACGGAGACCAGAAGUAGAGGUUAAUUUCACACUCGAGUACUACAUUGCCUUGAGGAGAGGAUCUUUGUGCUUGCGCAAAAUGGCGGUGCGCAUAUUUACUGUUGUCUGAUCGCAGUACGUUUAGUUAAACUUUAGCUCAAAAGGUCAUUCGUGUAAGUUCACGUUUCGCCGGCAGCAUUCUCACAAGCGCCGGAGGAGAGGAGCAAAAAAAAGACAAAGCCUUGCCUUCAUAAAUGUGUCAAAGGAAUGAGGACGGGCAGGAAAUAAAUGGAAUGGAGCGAGGAAAACUGUCGGUAGUGCAGGAGCAAGAGCAUACGGACGUGUUACAGAUGUACAUGAUUGAGCGUCCAGUCUACAAUGAAGCCCACCUCAGAUCACAGCUUCUCCACCGCAAAGAGAGAACCUCCACCUUCCGACAGAAGCUGGCACUGUGGUUCCAGUGUUCGUCUCAGCGGGCAAAGGCGGCAAUUUUGAGCUUCCUGCCUAUUCUCACGUGGCUGCCAAACUACCCGGUCAGAGAAUACCUGUUCCACGAUGUGGUCUCGGGUCUCAGCACAGGAGUUGUGCAGCUCCCUCAAGGUCUCGCCUAUGCUAUGCUGGCUGGUGUGCCUCCAGUUUAUGGUCUUUACUCCUCAUUCUACCCAGUCCUGCUCUACACUUUCUUUGGCACGUCCAGACACGUAUCCGUUGGCACCUUUGCGGUUAUAAGUCUGAUGAUUGGAAGUGUAGCAGUCAGGGAGGCUCCAGACUCUAUGUUUGACAUGCCGUCUACCAAUAGCUCUAACGAGACCGCCACUGUGAAUGCGGUACUUGACAGGAGGGUCCAAGUGGCUGCGGUGCUCACAUUUCUUGUGGGAAUCAUCCAGAUGGUUUUAGGUUUUCUCAGGUUCGGCUUUGUGGCGAUUUACCUCACAGAGCCCCUGGUGCGAGGCUUCACCACAGCCGCCGCCAUGCACGUAGUGAUCUCUCAGUUGAAAUACCUGCUCGGAGUGAAGACAAAGCGUUUUAGUGGGAUUCUCUCAGCUGUUUAUAGCAUCAAGGCAGUCCUCGGUGACAUAACAAGCACCAAUGUCGCUGCUCUCAUCCUGGGCCUCGUGUGUCUUGUAUUUCUAUAUGUGGUCAAACAGCUGAAUGAGCGCUUUAAGAAGAAAAUACCCAUUCCUAUUCCUGGAGAGCUUAUUGUGGUCAUUGUGUCCAUCGGCAUCUCUUAUGGCCUGGCAUUGGCAGAUGUCUAUAAGGUUGAUGUGGUUGGGAAGAUACCAACUGGGCUUAGCCCACCAGUUGCUCCAGCGUUCUCUCUGUUACCUCGUUUGGUCACUGACGCCUUCGCUAUUGCGAUUGUAGGCUUCUCCAUGGGAAUCUCUCUGGCCAAAAUUUUCGCCCUGAAGCACAACUACAGUGUGGAUAGUAACCAGGAGCUGAUAGCCCUCGGCUUAUGUAACUUCAUCGGCUCUUUCUUCCAAACAUUCACCAUCACUUGCUCCAUGUCGAGGAGCCUUGUGCAGGAGAGCACAGGGGGUAAAACACAGAUUGCAGGACUUCUGGCAUCUCUCCUGGUGCUGCUGGUGAUCGUCGCCAUCGGUUUUGUUUUUGAGCCCCUCCCACAGACUGCCUUGGGUGCCAUCAUCAUGGUCAACCUACUCGGCAUGUUCAAACAGUUCAGAGACAUCCCAGCACUAUGGAGAACCAGCAAGAUUGAACUGGCUAUCUGGCUGAUAACCUUUGUGGCAUCUCUGCUGUUAGGCUUGGACUAUGGCCUCCUGUUGGCCAUUGCAUUUGCCUUACUGACAGUCAUCUAUAGAACGCAGAGGCCAAAAAAUGCUGUCCUUGGUGGUGUUUCUGGCACAGGGCUGUACUAUGAUGUGGAUGAAUAUGAAGAGGCGAUGGAAUGUGAGGGGAUUAAGAUUUUCCAGUCCAACUCAUCAAUCUACUUUGCCAACUGUGACCUUUACGUGAGCACCCUCAAAGAGAAGGACAAGGAACAAGGUGUCACCCAUGAGGUUUUGUCCUACAACGUGGCGGAAGAGCAGAGAAACGGCCAGCUGCGAGAGGGAGCGAGCGAGUCAGACACUGAGGAGGCCGUCUUCCUUCACUCUGGCAGCGGCGUCCACUCCAUCAUCCUGGACUGGACACACGCCAGCUUUAUUGACUCUGUGGGAGCCAAAGCCAUCAAACAGGUAAUUAAGGAAUAUGCAGCAGUGGAUGUCCAGGUUGUCAUAGCUGGCUGCAACAGAAGUCUUCUGUCUGAGCUGGAUGAGUUGGAGUUCUUCUCCGGAGCCAUCAGCCCUGAGAUGGUGUUCCCCACCCUUCAUGACGCCGUGUUGUACUGUCAACACUCGCUACCCGCCCGAUGCCACGACACGCGUCAUCCGACAGGAGGGCAGUGAAGAUGGUUCACAUGGAAUAGAUGGAUUAUUGCACUGGUGAAUGCUCUGUUUGCACUGUCAUAGAAGCGCUCCAUCGUUAGUUAAAAACAACCCAAAUGCAGGGUGGAAAUAAAGACUUGUCAGGAUCAGAUUGAAGCUUCGGACAGAUGUUAUGUAUUGUUACUGCAGUGUUGCAUAGUGAUUGUGUGUGCCGUGUCAUGUUUAACGUUCGGUCCUCAGGCCGCACUCUGGACACCCCUGGUUUAACGCCUGCAAACGUCCCAUCGCAGGCCGCUUGCUGUAACCCGUUUAUGUCGACGCCCCUCAGGCUGGCUGACUGACGUUGACAUAAGCGGUUGUCUAAAUUGAAAAUAGCCGUUGCUUGUGCGUUUACUUGUGACUUUACUGUCAAGAGACAGAAAGUGAAGAAAUGAUUUUUGAACAUAUGGCACUUUUUUUUUUUUUUACGUUGAUUUCCUCCAUUUGUGCAAUUUUAUUUUUGUGUUUUCAUAGCCAUUUUUUCACAGAAAUGACCUCUUUGUCAACUUAAGCAUGGUAUGGUAAUAAGAACAUUAUGUUACUAUUCUUUUCAGAUCAAACUGGAAAAAAAACUGACUAGGUUGCAAGUGAUGCACCACCUGAGAUGGGCUCUGACUCACACCCUACAGGACAGUCGGGAAUUUUGGCGUCAUCUUUGAUCAGGACCUUUCCUUUAGUUCCCAAAUCCGAAGGGUCAAGAAUAGCAUUUUUUCAUGUUUUCUCACUUGAUCUACCAUCGAUCACUCAACUGCGUUUUCUAUCGUAACCCGAUCGAUUGAGACAGACAGCUGCCCCACAAAGCCUUUUUCUUCCCCAGAGGGAGUUUUUUUUCUCCAUUUAUGAGCGUGAUGAUACACCUACCUAAUGUGUAAAGUGCCUUGAGGUAACUUCUGUUACAUCAAUUUUCUAUGCCUCUUACCCUAAUUAGGGUCACGGGGGUAUGCUGGAGCCUAUGCCAGCUGACUUGGGGCAAGAGGCGGUGUACACCCUGGACUGGUUGCCAGCCAAUCACAGGGCACAUACUGUAUAGACAAUCGUUCACACUCACAUUCAUACCUCUGGACAAUGUAGAGUCACCAAUUAAUCUAACAUGCAUGGUUUUGGAAUGUGGGAGGAAACCGGAGUACCCGGAGAAAACAUGCAAACUCCACACAGAGAUGCCCAAUGGAGAUUCGAACCCAGGUCUUCCCGAUCUCCUGACUUUGUGGCCAACAUGCUAACCACUCAACUUUUGUUACAAUAUUUUUGAAACAAUUUUUUUCCCUUUUUUUGAGAAACCGUUGUAAUGACACUUUUAAAAGAACAAACGUGGGACUAUCAUUUGGAAUAAACUUUAAGUGACAACAAAAAGACAAUAUUUCUUGACUCGGUUCGCUGCUUUGGUCAACGUAAACAGCCAAAGCGGGAGAACCUAAUUGUAGGUCAUGUAUCGGGGCGUGGCGCUGAACUUGGCGUAGGACUUGAUGACUUUGUUAACGGCCUCCAGGAAAUCUUUCUCUGUGGCAAUCUUCCUGCGAGCUCUUAUGGCAAACAUGCCAGCUUCUGUGCACACGCUGCGAAUCUCGGCACCUAGCAAAAAAACAAAACAAAACACAACAUUAAACAUUGGUGAUAUAACAACAUUAACAUUGCAGUAAGUGUGGAACAGUGGUUCAUUUCACCUGUGCUGUUGGGACAGAGGCGAGCCAGCAGCUCAAAGCGAAUAUCUCUUUCUACACUCAUGGAGCGAGCGUGAAUCUUGAAGAUGUGUGUGCGACCCUGAAGCACAAAACAACAAGUGGAAGAGCUUAGGAAAAACAUUCAAUGGAAUGUCCGGACUCAGGGUGAUGAACGUCCAGUCCAUCCCUGCUAUUGCAAAACACGCACACAGGAGAGGGAAUUCGCUCUCCCAAUAUUUGCGAUUUCUUUUCUCUGCUUUAAAUUGUUUGUUGUUGGGUUGUUUUUUUUAUGGUAAUUUAAAUAGAAAGUGGUUUGAUGGCGCCAUCUUCAGGGGAAAAUGCUAAUCCAGCAGCGGGCCCUGUCUCACAAGUUGAUUCACUCAACAUUUUCCAGCGGGAAGAUGCUGUGACAAGACAUGAUGUUGCAAGCAUCUGCAUGUUUUGUCAGUACAAUACUGUUUACUAUAUGCUAAACAUUUUUAGGGAUUUUAUGGGUGCGUCCAUUAUUUGCGACUCUUCACCUUCGUCUUGGAUUGUACGAGCCCUGUGAAUGUAAAUGACAAUAUAUGCAUUUAACCUUCAUUUGAAACUCAACAGUAAAAUUCUGCUGUUCUCACAAGAAGUGACGGCUUGUUUAACUCAUUCAAGACGUUUUCAUAAACCCAAUUGGCCGAUCCCAAAGAUGUAUUUAAAUGUCUGAUGUUUUUUUCGCGUGAGAGGCAACAAUGCGACUGCACACUAAUGACUGUCACUUUUAGAACACUUUGAAGCCAUGAAAACGGCCACAAGGUGGCAGAAGUGCAUUUGAUAAGCUCUUGGCAUGUGAAUUUGAAUGGAAAAAAAACAUACAUGGCAGCAAGGAGGAAGGAGAAGAACGUGGAAGAGUGUAGCGUGCAGAAGGUUACGCAUUGUAGGGAAAUUUUAAGGCAUGCACAUGCACACAGUUCAGUUCCAAAUGUGAAAAUCAUAAACAGUUCAUGGUGUUGUGUUUGUAAAUAAUGAUUUUGAUGUGAAACAACCCUUUUUUGUGUUGUUUAUGUCGGAAUAGUUGAGCUAAUUUAGCUGUCACAGAAACAACAAAUAUUUGCGUCACAGUGAAAGUUAUGCUUGAAAUGUAUCUUUUCACAAAAUGAUGACUUUGUCCCUUUUUUUUUAGUCGGGAACUGAUAUUUUCCUGAAACUUACCUAUGUUCUACUGUUG